AUGCUCUCUUCUCCUCAGGGCCUAUCAACAAACUGGUGGAAUUACUGGCACUUCCAACAUCAUGUAAAACCAAACAUCUACCCCAAAGACCCAGACAUUGAUAUAGGUCCACUUUUUGUUAUUGGAGAUUCGCAACCUGUCAAGUAUGGCAAGAAGAAAAUAAAAUACAUCGACUACAAGAAGCAGCAUCUGUACUUCUACAUGUUUGGGCUCCCCCUCCUCAUGCCUGUGUAUUUCAAUGGGCAAUCCAUGCAAGUGAUGUACCUCCAAAGGUAUUGGGAGGACAUUGCCUGGGUCAGCAGGUUUUACAUCCGCUAUUUCAUCACAUUUGGCCCUUUCUAUGGAAUCUUCGGAACCAUGGUGCUCAUAUAUUUAGUCAAGUUUCUUGAAAGUCCCUGGAUUGCAUAUGUUACCCAGAUGAGCCACAUACCAACGAAAAUGAGCAGAGAGGAGAACAAGGACUGGCUUAGCACUCAGGUCUUGGCCACCUGUAAUGCUGAACAGUCCUUUUUCAAUGACUGGCUCACUGGGCACUUGAACUUUCAAAUCGAGCACCAUCUGUUCCCCACAAUGCCGUGCCAUAAUUAUCACAAGGUGGCACCUCUGGUGAGGUCACUGUGUGCGAAGCACGGGCUGCAGUAUGUGAAUAAGCCCUUGUUGAAGGCAUUUGGAGACACUGGCAGAGCCUUGAAGAAAUCUGCAGCCCUCUGGAUGGAUGCUUAUUACACCCAUCCAGAAACAUGA